GCAAUGUCACAUCGGGAACCUCGGACAGCUCUCCGCAGCUCUGAUCGUGUUGUUUCCCAAAUUUGACGAGGAACCCCCUGGCGACGUCGCAGGCUUCCUCACACCCUUUUCGCAGUGCGUAACAUUACGCCUAAAGGAAGCGUGAUGCGCUGACUACGUGGGAAUGCCUCCUUGGACUCUCACGCAGUGGGUGAAAGGACCGCGUCCGGCGAGGGUGCAACAUGAGCUCGCCGAUGCGUGCCGCCUGCCAACCGCUCAGAUGCGCGUGCGGCGCUGACUCUGACGGCGCGUCCCCGUCCAGUGUGGCCACGAUGCGGCGAGACCUAAUGAGCGUGGCCAUCCUUUCGCGUCACGCUGUGCGCUGCGGCGCCACUUGAAGAGGCGCAUGGAGAACCCAGCCAAGUAUCUGUCGUCGGUGCAGGGGACCGACUCCGCGCCGGUGCCUCUCGGGGAGAUCAUGUUGAACGGCACCGAGAGGCACAGCGUGGUUUUGCGCGCCGUGACGGGCUGUUUGCUCUUCCUCCUCAUCCUGUGGACCCUGCUGGGGAACAUCUUGGUGUGCUCCGCCGUGCUGCGCUCCCGCCACCUGCGGACAAAGGUGACCAACAUCUUUAUAGUGUCCCUGGCUCUGUCAGAUCUGUUCGUGGCCGUGCUGGUGAUGCCGUGGAAGGCCGUGGCGGAGGUGGCGGGAUACUGGCCGUUUGGCACUUUCUGUAACAUCUGGGUGGCUUUUGACAUUAUGUGCUCCACCGCAUCCAUCCUUAACCUUUGCAUCAUCAGCGUGGACAGAUACUGGGCCAUCUCCAGUCCUUUUCGCUACGAGAGGAAAAUGACUCAGAGAGUUGCUUUUGUCAUGAUUAGCAUCACGUGGACGUUGUCGGUGCUCAUUUCAUUCAUACCGGUCCAGCUCAACUGGCACAAAGCCGGCGGGACAAGCGACUCCUCUGCGGGUCGCCAGAUGGAAGAGAACUGUGACUCCAGCCUGAGCCGAGAAUACGCCAUCUCCUCGUCUUUGAUUAGUUUCUACAUCCCUGUGGCAAUUAUGAUUGUGACUUACACUCGAAUAUACCGGAUUGCCCAAAUCCAAAUCAGGAGAAUCGCUUCUCUCGAGAGAGCUGCGGAACACGCGCAAAGUUGCAGGACGAACAGAAUAGAGUGCCAACACCACAACACUUUGAAGACGUCCAUCAAGCGGGAAACCAAAGUGUUCAAAACCCUCUCGGUGAUUAUGGGUGUGUUUGUGUGUUGCUGGUUGCCCUUCUUCAUCCUGAACUGCAUGGUUCCCUUCUGCGACAAGCCGCCCACAGACCAGGACGCGGGCCUGCCGUGCGUCAGCGAGACCACCUUCGACGUGUUCGUGUGGUUCGGCUGGACCAAUUCCUCCUUGAACCCCAUCAUUUACGCAUUCAACGCCGAGUUCAGGAAAGCCUUCGCCAGCUUGCUGGGCUGUCGCUACUUCUGCUCCAACACACCCGUAGAAACGGUUAACAUCAGCAACGAGCUGGUGUCCUACAACCAAGACACCGUGAUCCACAAGGAGAUCGCCAACGCCUAUGUCAACAUGAUCCCCAAUGUAGUGGAAUGCGAGGAGACUUUCGACAGGCUCUCGCAGCUGACUGUCAACAAUGACAACGCCACCGACUCUGUGUGUGACUUGGAGGAGUGCGAAGCUGUUAUCAGUCUCGACAGCAUGUCGCCAUUCACACCCAAUGGAUUACAUUAACCCUAAACUCCACAACUGCCGCGCCCCACAGACACCCACCGCGCAUCGUUGGAUGUACUGGUGGUCAUGUCGUCGGUCCGCUCUCCUCCUCGCAGGUCAGGUCCACACUGUCCAAAGUUUUGAGACUGUUUCUGUCCCUAGAAGUACAGUAUGUCCCCUAGGGCUCUUUAUUUAUUUCAUUCCAGGUACCCUUUCCAAGCCAAUAGGAGAUUUACAAAAGCUGCCGAGGGUACAGGGUGCACUCCAUUCCCAUGACAAGCCAUUUUACCCCUAAAGCUACAGUGAUAUACUUUUUUUUUUUUUUCCUGAUUGUUCUGCGGUGUGCUUACUGUUGUGUGACAUGCUCAUGGCCAUUUUGGGCAGGGCGUAUGUGUCUGCAGCCAUCUAGCCAACCUGCUGCCACUUUGCCUCACUUGUGACGUGAUGUUGUUGUUCUGAAAAACAAAAAAAACAUUUUCGUGUUGGUUUCAUGAAGAAGUGAAGUCUGUGUUCAUUUGUUCAGAGGUUCAAUAUUGUUAGAACUGAUGUUUUCCGCAAGGUUUGUCUUAUGUAUGUCAUCUAGAGGAAGAAGACAUAUGGAUAAAGUACACUAGACGUUUGUAAAUUUGUAAUCGGAAAAAGGAGGUGAUUUAUAAAUCUGAUGUUUGGCAGGAUUCUGACUUUCCAAUGCUGUAUUCCUCAAAAUAUUAGUUUCAUAUUUUUUUGCGUCUCCGAUGCUAUUCCAUACCCUUUGCUGGUUAAUAUUGUGACGUAGUCAGAACCUGUCUUUACACUCAGUGUGAAAACUGAGGCUAGCCUUACAGAAAGUGCAAACCAGACAGUUGAACCCAAUGCAGUCAUCUCAGCGCCUUAUAGCUCAUUCAAAGAAUGAAAUGUGUUGUAUGGACCUACACAAUGCCAAAAUGCAGUAUUAAAGUGUUUACCGGUACCCAUCCCAUGUGACUCCUGUAGGUGACCACAGGGACUUUUAUGCAGUUUGAUAGCAAGCUUUGACGGAGAAAUGUAUUAUCCAGUUGCACAAAAUCAACAAAUGUAUGUCAAUUUCUAAUAGUGUCAUUGAUUCAAAUGAAGCAGCAGACGCAAUGGUAGCUGUCAUGUCAACUAUUCAACAUAAUAUUUUUAUGACUAUCAAAACAAAGAGUUAUAUUCAGAUGUUUGUUUGAACAGACUGUCCUAAAUGACCAAAGAUUUCAAGGCACUAAUACUGUAUAUAAGUCAGACAGAAAUAAAGUGUCUUGUUGUCUAAUGGAUGACAUAAGCGAGGCUCCUGGGCCAGUGCAACAGGAUGUCAUAGAUGUCUGGAUACACGACUGCACUUCUCCAUCAUUGUAUUGUAUGGGUGACUUGAAUGUAUAUUACUAUCCUUUUAACAGUGAACUGUGUCAUUAUUUGCUUAAUAAAAUGUUAUCACACUGAAAGAACAGACUGGUACCGUCCACGUGUGUAAGUUGCAGGACAACCUAUCUUAUC